CCAACAAGGCAACUGCGGAGAGCUAGCUCUUAACUGGACAGAAGACCAGACACAGACAGUCUCCUAAAGCCCAUGACUCAUUAAGUAUGGGCCGAAUAAGGAAAACGGGAAGCCUGCGACCCGAAAGAACUCCCACCUCUGACCCGACUUGAUUUAUCACCAGUCCGCCGGCGUCUAAACCCCUAAGCUAAGCGCCAUUCUUUUCCGAGCUUCCCCUCCUUCUUCCUCCCUAAAACCCCAUCUCCGAUCCACCAGCUGAUUCUGACGCCACGAAGUAGAAGAAACAAUUCAGCAGACGUGAAGGCACAAAAUGGUGAGCAAACCAUGGAGGAUAAUCCCGCGGCCAUUGCUGGAAACAAUCCUGAACAACCACGCUCAGCACCACCGAGUUCAGCAGCCUCUCAUCCUCCACGGCCCUCGCGGCGUCGGCAAAACCACCCUCAUCAUUGACCGUCUCCUGAACGAUUGGAACAAAGGUGCCCACAUCACCGGUUACGUUGAUUUCGCAGAAUCAGUGAAGGAUCAUCACCCGAAGCACGGCAAUUCUUUUCCGUGGGGUUCAUGGUCAACCUGCACGCCGCCGGUUCUCGCUGAUUGCGCGACCCAGUUGGAGAGUUGCCUUGAAUCCAUGGCCCAGAGGGCGAUUCGGCUUGGCAGCAUUUCCUCCACUCAAAUAUUCUCCACUGUCAGCAAAUGGCAUCGUCCCGACACCGCGCUUCGCCGGAUUAUAUUCCAGAACAGCCCCGCCCUUGCUUCUAAAUCGAAAAAUGCGGUUUCUCAAAAGGUUUCUGGGUCUGUUCUAUGGGACCGUGCGUUAUGCGCGCUAAGUGCUCGAUCAAAUGCCAGAGAGAUGGAUAAAUUAUUGAACUUGGGAGAGAAGGGGAAGAGGAAGUUGUCUGUUGAUGAAGCUUCUUACUAUAGGGAAGCCUUGGUUGCGCUGAGAUUGGCCAAGGAGGUCAUUAGAGCGAUUCAGACUUCGAGAGGUAAUGCCAUUGCCCAUUUGAAUCGGUCUGGUGGGUUCUCUCGGUCUCUGGCGAAUUCGUCCACGGAUUGGCCUUGUUUGUUGCUUGAGCUGCUGUCGCAGGCUGCUGAGAUUGAUUACUUUCAGCCGAAGCUGGUAAUAAACAAUAUUGAAGUACUGAAAAAUGCAUUGUUAACUGAUGACAAGAUGGUGUCUGGAUCAAUGUACCAUGACAGUCUGAUAUGGAGAAUCAUUGCGCUGGGUGCCAAUGAGAAGUGUCUUCCCGUUAUGCUUGUGACUUCUGAUAGCUACUAUUCUUACAGGGCCUUCAUGGAUUUUGGUUUUCCAGAUAUCUUUAUCUCCCGAGAGUCCUUUGGAUGGACUCCAAGGGAGGCUGAACUGCACAUGGUUGCUGACUACUUCAGUCAAUCAGAGUGGAAGUUGAUAGUUGAAGUGCUUGGACCAAGCCCUAGGCAUCUGUUUGAACUUUAUGCACUCAAGCAAAGCAGCUAUUACCAGAAGGUACUGGAGGACAAGGAUAGCACAUUUGAGGAUGUCAUCGAUGCAUAUUUAGCUUAUCUGCAGAUAAUUGUUGUAAAUCCUGCGAUGGAUAAAGCCAUUGUGAUCCUAGAGAAGUUUGCAGAGGAUGCAAGAAUGGGCAAGAUUCCAAAAGAUAGACUGCGCUUUGGUUCUCCUUGGAGGCAUUCUCCAAGGGAUGAUCCUAUUCGGUCCUCCAAGUGGGCCAAGCUCCAACUCAUGGAUUUUAUUCAGACUCUAGCGAACACUGAAUUUGGGAUUAAUUAUCUAGCUGACUGUAGCUUGGAGAUUCUGGAUGAUCCAUGCACAGGUGCAUUGAUCGAGGUUGGUUUACUAUACGCUCAACGUGAUCCAUCCUUCAUUCGACCCAUAUCUAGAGGAAUUCAACGGUGUCUAGCGAGAUGGCUUGUGAAGGAAAAGAUGCAAAUGGAUUACAGGUCUUCGUUCCAAUUUUUGUGGCAACGGUUCAUACGUGGUCGGAGCUAUCGUCAUCUGAUGCUAGAAGUUGGUUAUAGUAAAUUUUAAAUCCAGGGACAUGGUGACUUGCGAUGGUUGAAGUUAAAAUGAGUUGCUUAAAUUAGCCACACUGUGGUGAUAUACUGGUGUGAAGUGCCAAUUACACCACAAAAGAUCAUCAGAGGGUCAAUCCCAGAGAGCGUAUUGAUGGCCGAUAUAACUCGCACAUAAAACGUGUCAAUGGCAGCUGGCAAGCUCCUAAUAUAAGGUGGCUGUUGGUGAAACUCCCAGGCCCCAAUUUUGAAGGAAGAGAUCUUGAUUUCUGCUGCUUAGCAUCAACGUCUUGCCGUGGAAUAACAUGAAGACUUAGCUUUCCGGCUUCAAACUCUGUUGAUUCUUUGAAUAUACCAAAGCUGCUUGGAGCUUGGAACAUCCCAAAGUAUGAAAGCAAGCUUCGUUAACAGUUAUCUUACACGGCCUAAUUGUUAAGAUCUUGUGGGGCCUAAAUUGUGUGACUUUAUAGAGCAGUGACACCUAGGAACGGAUCCAAGAAGAUGUACUAUUUGCCCAUGUUACUGCCAUGAUUGUAUGUGGUGGCCUAAUCAGUCAUUGCAUGGCCCAGAAUACCCAGAAGCUUGACUGACUGCCUAUACAAAGUGAUCUGAACAAACCAAAUUGGCAGUGGAAGUUUAAGUUCAGUCAGGGAGUUCAUUUCUCAGCAAUGAAAUAUUGAAAAUUGAGUAGUACAUGGACCACGGUCUCAUAUCAUUUGAGAAGGAAAAGGAGUCAGUUUCUAUGCAUUUGGCUAUUAUCCUAAUAUGGGGAUGAUCAAACGUGUGGUGACGCUGUUAGAUUGCAUUCGCGUAUAAUAUGCUUAUUGUCGGAUUGUUCUUGUAAAGCAAUGCCAUCUUACUCGAGUCGAUUGCUGGUAAUGUGUGGAAGG